AUGACCAAAGACAAGAAACCGGACAAAAAUAACGGAUCAAAAAAAGGAUCGGUCACAUGUGAACGAACUUACGUUUCGGGCAGCAGACAUCAGCGGAGAGGUGCGGUUCGCGACAAGAGUGUCGCGUCGCUCAACCGACCUCGUCCUGCUCACCAGCGCGCCGAUAACGCAUACGUGGAGACGCUAUUUGUAAACAGCGCUGUCCCGCCACAGCUGCAGGGGGAUCCCACCGCUUCCUGCUCAUCCACGCCUUACAGUGUGUCAUAUUCCUGCGCUGCAAGCCGCAUCGCCGACUCUAACAACACAGGCCUGCCGGCCGUAACGUUUCAAGGCAUGAGAUCAUCAUCAGAACCGCCGCCGAGGCCCGGCGAAGGCAUCAUCGAUGAGUUUCCGGCAUACGUGCCGUGGAAGGCCGAACAGCGAGUGCCACAAGACACGUUGGCGUGCAACGUGUGCCACAAAUGCCGGUGCGCCAUUUGCCAGAAGCUGUGCAAGUAUCCCGGCAUGCGCGUGUGUGGCGUGCUAGACGUGCGAUCGCGGUGCGAUGAAGCUUGCGUCGAGACAACCACGGUUUGCGUGCCGUGCGUCCAGAAGACGGCCAGAUGUCCGGCCUCCAACUUGGCCAGGGCCGAGGCCAAUGCCGUAAGGGCUCAGGCUGCCGUAGCCGCAGCCGCUGCAGCCGCUGCCGCCGCUAGAGCCACCGUCACCGACUCCGCCGCCGACACCGCCACCGCCGACACUAACGACACCGCCGACGCCAACAACACCGCCACCGCCAAACCGGAAGACAGUGACGGUGAGCCACGGACGGCGGGCGCCUCGUCAGACAAGUGCCGGUUGCGCUGGCUGCUAUGUUGCUUUUGCGUCCCGUGCCCGUACUGUACGGUGGACGACGAGGUUGAGUGUUCGACCGGGUGUCGCGGCAACGUGAACGUGUCCGGUUGCGAGUGCGUUGACUGGGAGGCGCUGAGGCAGAACAACCGCCGCCGGGUGAACGCCGCCGCCGCAGCCGUGGCCGCGUCAAGAGACCGCCGCCGGUGCCGUGAUUAUCACUAUUAUAUCUCGGCGGCGCCGAACACGGCCAACAACCCCACUGCAGCCGCCGCCGACAAGUCUGCCAUCGCAAAUGGGGAAAGCGUCGGCACCGUCAAAAAAAGCAGAUUGCGCAGAUUCCUACGUUUUUAG